UCAAAUAUGAAAAAUUAGUGCUGCAGUGCGAGCCUCAAAACCAAACACUACACUUGCGUGCAGCCAAAAUUUUUAAACCUUUACUCGCAUUGUUGGUUGUUGCUAUCAUGAAUGCUCUAAGAGCUCUGGUAUUAAGAAACGCAAACAUUUCUUCUCACUUGAAAUUGAUAUGUGGGCGUGAAAGCAUUCCUGCUGCUUCUUUCGCGACAGAAGCUCCUUUAGAUGUCGAAGAACCUGAGAUCCCCGACGUUCCUGAGAGCACCGAUGGAUUUGUUCUUCCAGGACGCAAGCAUGUUUACGAACCAGGAUAUUUAGAUAAACUGAAACCCGCUAUUCCGCCUUAUGAUCUAAUUGACAUAGAAAUGAAAGGCUAUGAUUUUGCAGUUCUUGAGAAUCUACAAAGUAUAGUAUGCAAACUAUUAACCGCCUCAAAUAUUGAUGUAAUUGAUGGCUGGGCAGUGCGUGCUGAGUCAUGGCACAUUCAGCGAUUUGAACCAAAUUCAUCUAAAGUAGCAGGAGAGUUCAAUAUGAAAGAAUAUAAGAGAAUGUUGCAGUUGGCUGAUCUUCCAGCAACAAAAUUGGGUCUCGUCAUUGAGCUGCUACAGAGUGUCGCUCCCCCCGGUGUAACGUGCUCAGUACUGCAGCACUCUGAACAAAUCGAGAAAGAUAAAUAUAUUCCAGACAUGGGAAUAAAGGCUUUACAGGAACAGUUGGACGAACUUGGAGGCCCCUCCAAACUGGCACUUCAAAGAGAAAGAGAAGCCAAAUACAAUAAAUUAAAAUAAUGCUUGUAUGUGGUGGCUUGGUAAAGUGUAAUAAAUGUUAAUUAUCUUUA